GCAGAUGUGGUAUGUACUGAAACAGCUCUGUGAUUUAACUAGAUAUUAAUCUACUGUAUGGACCUGCCUUUAUAGAAGUUUAACUAUAUGUUGUCUCAUUUGAGUUGUUCUGUCACGUCUUUUUGAUCAUCAGGCAAGGAGCUGCACAGAUGAUUGUCACCACCGGCCACAUUGAUUUGUUUCAUUUCAACAGUCUCUUCAGUCUGCUGAGGUUGAUCCGAAUAGAUGAGGGUUACAUAAGGAUAUAGUGGACUAAUGGACCUGAUGGUGGAACAGAUUUGACCCAUUUUACACAUUGUUGAGCAUCUAUAAAAUGUAUUGUGCAUUUUAUAAGCAACAGAGAAGGGAAGGAAUGCCACCUGUAGUUGGAGCUGAGUUGAUCCUAACACCAGUGCAGCUCUAUCGACAUCUCCUCAGAUGUUGCAGACAGUUACCAACGGCAGCAAUGCAGAAGCACUACCGGCAUGCAAUUAGACAGAGUUACACCAGUCACGCAGAUGAAGAGGACCCAGAGAGGAUCCAAAUGAUUAUCCAAAGAGCUAUUUCAGAUGCUAACUGGAUUCUUGAUAAAUAUACCAAGAAGAAGUGAGCUCUAUAAACCACAAAGGUGGCCACCACUCCUGCAUUCUGCUGUCACUGUCUCACUAGUCAGGUUACUACUAUACACUGUAUGAUCACUUCUAAAUAAAGUAUAAUGUUAUUUUUUAUAAAGUGUAUAAUGUUAAAAAGUGUACAUUCUGUUCAGACUGAAAUAAGAUGACUGUGCACUGUAUUUGUUUUUCAUUAAAUAAAUGUUC